AAAUGGCUGACUGUUGUUAUCAGGAACAUGAUCUGGGCAAUGUCACCACGUGGUAGACCCUCGGGGAUCCAGAACAGUACUCUACCGGAGCUGUCGGAUGCCUAGAUACCACAGGCGUGGCAGCAGCUUCUCGGAUGAAGGGAUCAGGGAGUCGGGCGUGGGCGUGGGCGUAGGCGAAACUCGGACGGACACAGGAUCUACGAGCAAUGAUUCGAUAGAGCAGAUUGCAUGGAUAUUGUUACUAUAUUUUGGCCUUGCUUUUUCUGUCAUAAUCCUCCUUCCCAACGGUUGUACAGUAGAUCCAUCUGCAGCGGGGACUAUUGGCCCGUCCCACACCACCACCACCAUCACCAUCACGACCAACACAUUCAGCAUGCACCGUGUUCUUCCCCCAAUUGCCAGAGGUUAAUUCCACCCUCCGUAUUCAACCGCAAACUCAAUCCCGCCUCGAAAAUGAGUCAGUCUCCUUACCUAUCCUAUUCCGACUAGACAGCCAAAUUGCCAACCAGUUCCAUCAGACCCCUUAUAUAUUGUCUGAGUGAAACCCUGCAGAAACAUCAAGAAGACCC